ACAGCAUCGAUUUUUCGACCAUGAAUAGUAUACUGGGGCAUUGGCUCCGCUUUCGUGGCGUGCCAGAGUCCACGGCAUUUUUUCUGCUUUCUGUUAUGAUUGUUUUGCCCAUCAUAUCAUCGGCAACCAUACAAACCGACAACGAGAUUGCAAAUCCAUCGCUUAAUAAGUCCAGGAUAAAUGGCCAAGUCAGCAAAUUAGGGGCCCCUGAAGCCUUUCAAGGAACCUUCAGCGUAUGCUCCCGACCCCCUGUCGUGGUUCCGGAUCUCCUUAUGGAAAUAGAUUAUUACACUUUUAGCCUCAUUGGGGUUAUGCCUGCAAGCUUGGAUAUGUGGUGGAACUUGUUCAUGCGGCAGUUCCAAACCUACCUUGAACUGAGCGGAUCAGUGAGCCGGCACACAGCUGCCGUCCAGCUCAAUAACCGAUCAGUUGCUGAGCUACAGGAUGCCCUGACCUACGCUUGGCUACCUAUGUUCGAAAGGAGCAACCGCACAGCCGUACGUGCUGAAAUCCUGCGCAUUGAAAACGGAACCAUGUUUUCAUCGAAUGGAUCACCAGUAGCCCUGAUUACCUACAUGUUGCCAAUCUCGGAUGAAUUCAACUCGUCGGAUGUGUCGCAUGACUUUUUCCUCGUAGAUGUGGAUGAAGUAUACCCGUCGAAUUCCUCCCGCAACCUGCCUCGGGAUCCCUGGUUGUAUCCUUGGAACGAUUUCGCAGAAACCGGUUCAUCUUUUACCAGCGAUAUCACUCAGCGAUUGCAGGAGAAGGGUUUGACAGCAUACGACGGUCCGCUGUUUUACCAGAGCGGCGGUAUACUGGACGAUAUUUACCUACGGGCAAACUUGACAUACGGCCUCUUCGAUACCGACGGGUUGAAGGCGGAUGUGCUGGGAAUUGUUGAACAAAAGCGCAUUCGACAGAACUGUAACGACACGGGCAUGACCGAUGUGGAAGUGCAUUUCGGUCAACUCGAGCCAGCAAUUGUGCCAUCGCGGACGAACGGCAAAUUUUCCGAUGUGACGGUAAUGCCCCUACCAUUCGUGGUCAAAGUGCAAGAGAAGACCCUCAUUUCCGAUACGCUCUAUUGGUUCACGUUACCCAACCAUACCCAUCGCUACUAUGUUUCCUCAGAAACGGCGUAUGGGAGAAAGAUAAACACCACCGGUCUUCAUCUAGUGGAUCAACCGCCACUGAAUCCCACGCGCUCAUUCCGGAUGCAUCUAGAUCGCCCACUGAAUAUACAGCGGCUACCGUUGCUGGAAGCUCUGAUGACAUCGCAUCUUAAUAACCUCAGCAUUGGUGCCCACAACCGGGCGGAGGUGCGUAUCUGGGAUUUUGAUCCGGAUGGUUGGGUGGUCAAUUUUUUUGUGGUUCUACAUUAUGAGCCCCAACGCCUUAGUCCGUGGAAGGGAUUUGUCCUGGAUGCCAGACUACCGUAUACUGCCACCAUCUACCGCAAACUGAAUGGCUUAGAGCUUCGCUUACCACCCACCAGUACGGUGUAUCGGCUGAUGACCGCUAGUGUUGACGAAUACUCGAAGAAUACGAUGAAAGCAUCGAUUCUGCGGGAAUGCGAAGAAAAUGAUAAGUGGCUUUCUUUACCGAGCGAAGCGCCGGCCUGUCCACUGAAGAAAAACUUUACAUUGUACGUCGAAUGGCAGUCGGAACGGCCGCAGUCACGUGACCUGGUUAAUGGGUCCACAAUGGAGCUACCGGAUUCUGAUAAAAUCUUGGAUGCAGUACAGCAAGCAUUUGCCGCCGCGAACCCCGUGACUAUGGAUAAUAUUACUCUGACCAUAAUCAUGACGGAGCGCAACGACAGUUUACACACAGCCACUGAGCGAGACUCGGCUAAGAUUAAUUUUGCCGUAUCGUAUCCCAAAAUGAAGAGCGGACUGUACUGGAAUCUUUGGCGUUAUCCAUCUCUUCAUGAGCUGAACGCCGCCUUGCAGAGCAUUGCAGGCGCUAACGUAGUAUUUUUGCCCGGUGCAAACCACGGAAUUCAUGAACGCAUACAGUACAGCAUUGUCGGAGCCAGGGAGACAUUUCCCGGAGCCUUCAGCGUGUGCCCCACUGCGUCGGAAUCGGAUCUUCUCAAGAAUCUAUCGUACUUCACUAAUCGUCUCUUUUCACGUGUGAUGUGGAACAGAAACUUGGAUUUAUCGUUUAACAACUUCAUGUCGCAGUUCCAAAGCUACCUGGAAUUGCAAGGAGUAAUGGGCCGGCACACAGCUGCCCUCCAGCUCAAUAACCGGUCUGUAGCUGAGCUGCAGGAUGCCCUCAUCUACGCCUGGUUACCUAUGUUCGAACGGGGCAACCGAACAGCAGUACGUGCUGAAAUCCUGCGCAUUGAGAACGGAACAAUUUUUUCAUCGAAUGGGUCGCCACUAAGCCUGAUUACCUACAUGUUACCCGCGUCAGAUGAAGAGGAACCAUCCGACUCGGAUGAGUAUCCGUUGAGUUCCUCCCGUAACCUGCCUCGGGAUUCCUGGUUGUUCGCUUGGAACGAUUUAGCAGAAACUAAUUCAUCAUUUAUCAACGAAUUCAUUCAGCGAUUGCAGGAGAAGGGUUUGACAGCAUACGAUGGUCCGCUGUUUUACCAGAGCGGCGGUAUACUAGACGAUAUUUACCUGCGGGCAAACUCGGCAUACGGCCUCUUCGAUGCCGAUCAGUUGAAGGCGGAUGUGCUGGCAAUUGUUGAACAAAUGCGCAUUAGUCAGAACUGUAGCGGCGCGGGCAUGGACGCUGUGGAAGUGCAUUUCGGUAAGCUCGAGCCAGGAAUUGUGACAUCGCGGACGAACGGCAAAUUUUCUGACGUUACGGUGACGCCGAUACCUUUUGUGGUGAAACUGCAACAAAAGAUCCUUAUCUCAGAACUGGUUUCUUGGUUCCCGUUGCCCAACCAUACCGAUCGUUACUCUUUUUACUCCGAAGCGGUGUAUCGAAAAAAGAUAAAUACCACCGGCCUUAUUCUGGUGGAUCAACUACCACUGAAUCCCGCGCGCUCGUUCCGAAUGUAUCUGGAUCGGCCACUAAACGUUCAGUGGCUGCCGCAACUGGAAGCUCUGAUGACAUCGCACCUUAAUAAUCUCAACAUCGGUACUGAUAACCGAGCGGAGGUGCGUUUAUGGAAUUUUGAUCCGGAUGGUUGGGUUGUCAACUUUUUUGUGAUUCUGUACUAUGAGCCCGUACGCCCCACAAUAUGGAAGGGAUUUGUCCUGGAUGCCAGACUGCCGUAUACUGCCACCAUCUACCGGAAAUUGAAUGGCUUGGAGCUGCGCUCACCACCAACUGGUAAAGUCUACCGGCUGGUGACUGAUAAUGUUGGAGACGACGCGAAGAAUACGAUGGAAGCAUCGAUCCUACGGAAUGCGAAGGAACUGGCGUUUGGCUUCAUUUACCGGGCGAAGUACAGGUGUGUCCCCUGAAGAAAGACUUCUUAUUGCACAUCGAAUGGCAUUCGGAACGUCUACAAUCAAGUGACUUGGUGAAUGGAUCAGUAAACGAGCUGCCGAGCUCCGAUAAAAUCUUGGAUGCAGUACAGCAAGCUUUUGCCGCCGCGAACCCCGUGACCAUGGAUAGCAACGCUCUAACCAUCACCAUGACGGAACGCAACGACAGUUUACGCGAACCACCAUGGUCAAACGGUGUCAAGAUUCGUUUUGCCGUGUCGUAUCCGAAAAUGAAGAGCGGGUUGUAUUGGAACCGUUGGAGUUAUCCACAAUACGGUGCGUUAUAUACCGCCAUAAUGAACAUUGCGGGCGUUUCCCUUAUCAGCGCAUGGCUAGGGUCGGGGCCAGAUUUUAAUUCCGACACGCUCCAGUUCUUCUAGAAUAAUUCAAAUCCCAUUUACCGUUUCUCUUUGCAACGGAAAUCAAACAAUACCUCGUUUAGAAGUCUCGGUGGUUAUGCAAAGUUCUGCAAUAAAGUUCUGCAAGGUCCUGUGACAUGUUUUUUUCUAUAA